AUGAACCCCAAAGACAACACUAUUGUGGUAUUUGCCCCCGGAGCCUGGAGCGCGGGCAGUGCCUACGAUGAAUUCCGCGAGUUAUUGACCCGGAGAGGAAUUGCGUCUUUCGCCAUGGAUCAUCUCACCAACGGGGCCGAGCCUCCUAACAAACGACUGAGUGAUGACCAGGAACGCCUUCGUCGGAUAGUCAGCACAUACGCAGAUGAAGGGAAGCAAAUCGUGCUGGUUGGUCAUUCUUACGGCGGCAUGGUCAUCACGGCUGCGUCCUCGGGACUGGGCCUCGAGGAACGAGCAAAAGCGGGUCAACCCGGCGGCAUAAAGGUCUUAGUCUUCAUGGCUGCCUUCGUUACUCCGAAGGGGAAAUGUCUCAAGGAUAUGAUUGGGGGACAACUUUGGCCUUGGAUGCUGGUUGAUGGUGAUUACGUGCGCCUUGAUCCAAAUGUGGACCUUGUACAAGACGUGCCCGAGGAGACAAAAGCUAAGAAAGCGAAGCACGCUCUUCCUCAUAUCUGUCUUCGCGCGUUUCUCGACCGGGCCACUGAGGAGCCGUGGCAUACUAUUCCGAGCGCUUACAUUGCCUGUGAUGAGGAUAUAGCGCUUCCGGCUGCGAUCCAGGACAACAUGAUCGAGCUACUACCGAACCCGCGAGUGUUCCGCCUGCCCAGUGGCCAUAGCCCGUUCCUUAGUUUGCCGAACGAGACUGCUGAUAUCUUGGAGCUUCUUUGUAAAUAA